AUGGUGUCCCCCAGUUUCCAGGUUGCUUACCCCCUUUCCCCACCACCUCCUUUCACCCAAAAGGUGAAGCCAGAAGGCACCCGGAUCAUCUACGACCGCAAGUUCCUGCUGGAUCGUCGCAAUUCCCCCAUGGCCCAGACCCCUCCUUGUCACCUCCCCAACAUUCCCGGGGUCACCAGCCCUGGCUCGGCCCCCGAGGAGCCCCGGGUGGGCACCAGCAGCCUGAACCACACGGAGCCAAAGCCAUCCAUGGGGGACGAGGCUCAGUUCCAGAUGGAUAUUUGA